AUGAAUCGCACCCUGCCGUCUCACUGCGGCGUCGUCACCUACCUGGACCUGUGCGCCUCGUCCAAGAUCAUCCUCCUCGUGCCAGGCCUGGCGUUGAACCUCUUCGUGCUGACGUCGCUCCUCGCCUGCAUGCUGGGAGCAGCCAGGCGCCACCACAACCACCGCCGCCGGGGGACACCGAUGCGGAUCAGGCCCAACGUGGCUGUCUUCAUCCUGGGCAGCACCCUCUGCAACCUGGCCAACCUGGUCCUCUGGCCCCUCACCAUCCACUGGAAGACGCACGGCCGCUGGCUGCUGGGCGCGCGGCUCUGCGAGGUGAUGGUGAGCGCCAAGCACGUCACACACUCGGCCUCCUACCACUACGUCUUCUUCAUCUCGCUCUCCAUCUACCUGACGGUGGUGGGAGGCUGUGGGCGGCUGGUCAACAGCAAGGUGUUCCUGGCGCAACAGAUGGUCUUCCCCUUCCUGCCCGUGCUGGUGAAGGAGGUGUGCCAGUGGUGUAUCGAGGGCUAUCGGGUGCACCACCUGGACGAGGUCAAUCACACCUGCUUUGCCUACAUAAAUGAUCAGGCCAUGAGGAUCCUAAUGCUGGUGAAGGUGGUGGCCCUGCUGCCCUUGAACCUGUAUAUCUACAUCCACAUCCUGGCCACCAUCUUCAGGAGCGCCCGGCAGAUGCAGCGCAGCCAGGACACCAACAUGAGGCUGGCCAAGACCUUCAGCAUCAUCUCCCUCAUCACCCUCCUGGCUCAUCUGCCUGGAGGGGUGUUUGCGCUGGUGGAGGAGCCCAGCGUUUGCCAAGAGACGGUGAGAGAGUUUCUGCUAGACCUGCCCCUGAUCUCGAGUCCCAUUGUCCUGCUGUGCAUGAAUAAGGAGCUGCAGACCCAGUGCCUGGUCAUGCUGAAACGCCGAUCGGCAUCAUCAACAUCGGCCACCACCACCACCGCCAGCUCCGAGGAGCACCGCAAGUUUCUGUCCACUGAAGUGACCACUGAGUCACAUGUUUAA